GGGCUGAGCGCCCCCCCGCCACGCUCUGCCUCGCCCGGCGCAGCCGCCUUCACCCCGCAGAGCCGCGCCGCGCUGGGCCGGCUUGGGAUUGGGGUUGGGGUUGGGGUCCCCCCCCGGAUUUGGGGUCCCCCAACCCCACCGUUAUGCCUGGAGAGACGGCUACGAGUCAGGGGCUGCAGCUGGAGGGAGCCCCCCCAGGGGACCCCGCUGCCCCCAUGCCUGCCAAAGAGGAAGCCCGCCCGCAGCCAGAGGGGGCCAGCUAUGAUGCAGCCGAGCGCAGCCCCCCCUCCAAGGGCUGCCCCCCACCACCGCCGCCUCCAUCGUUGCUCCCCUCUGACCCCUUGGACACUCGCAUCGUGAUGGGCGAAGAGACGCACUGCCCCCCUGAGCUGCCCCCUAAAACACCCCCCCGGCAUCCCGAGCUGCCCCCCGCCCGCCUCGACCCUGACCUCUUCUUCACAGCCCCCUCCACCCCGGUGAGGACGGGGGGACCCCGCUUGAAGCCUGAGGAGGAUGGAGGGGAUGCAGAGAGUGAGGGGCUGGGCUCUCCCCCCACCUCCCCAUCUGGCUCCUACAUGACGGCCGAAGGGGGCAGCUGGGGGUCCUCGGGCACGGCCAGCACGUCGCCCUCCUGCUCGCCCAACCUGCUGGCAGAGGUCCCUGAUGGUGAGCCUGGUCCUGCAGCCUUCAUCCGCCGCUCCUCGUCCUCCUCUUCCUCCUCGGAGGAUGUGGCUGUGACCUCCAUAGGGCAGGAGGAUGAAGAAGAAGAAGAUGAUGAUGAUGAUGAAGGCAGCGGGCAGGAGGAAGGCUUCAGGCUGCCCCACUCCCACAUGGCUGCCCCUGGGCUCAUCCCUGCCGCACUGCUGCCCUUCCGUGGCAGCCUGCUCUUUGAGGCUGAAGCUGUGGAGAUCACCCUGGUGCCGGCCCAGGCAGCGGCCGAGCCGCUCUCAGGUGAGGAUGAGGAGGAUGAAGAUGAAGAGGAGGACGCCAGCACCUCAGCCUCCUUCCUGCGCUCGCUCUCAGAAACCUCCAUCAAUGAAGGGGUGGACGAGUCCUUUGCCUUCCACGAUGACACCUCGGCCUCCUCUGACUCGGCCUCCUACGACGGUGAGGAGGAUGAGCGGCUCUACGGCACUGAGCGCCACGCGCUGGGGGGACCGCAAAUGGCCGCCGCCACCCCUGGGGACACCGAGCCUUCCUCAGAGGCCUCUGGGGACAUCGAGCUGCAUCUGCGUGGUGACACGGCACAGCUGGAUGGCACUGGGGUGUCUGCGGGGGGGUCUGCACAGCAUGAGGUGGCCCUGAGCCCCUCGCUUCUGGAGCCGACUGAUGGCGGUGAGGAGGACGUGGGCAUGGAGCAGCGUGCCGCCCCAGAGGAGGAAGAGGUCGCCAUGGCGGCCCUCGCUGUGGAAGCUGACACAGAGCUGAUGGGCCAGGCCCCCAUUGAGCCCCCGAGCACAGAAGUCAACGUGGAACCAUCGGAUGAGGCGUCUGUCGAGGCCCUUGCUGCACAAAUCAGUGUAGAGCCGGGGGUUGAAGCCUCCAUUGAGGCCCUCGGUGCAAAGCCGGUGGCUGAGGCCUCUGUGGAGCUGACAGACAAAGCCCCCAUGGAGGCCCUCGAUGUGGAAGGCGAUGCGGGUGAGACCUGCGCUGAGGCCCUCCCUGCAGAAGCUGAUGUCAAACGGGUGGAUGAGGCCCUCUGUGCUGAAGUCAGCGUGGGACGGAUGGAUGAGACCCUCAGCUCCUCCUCCUCGGAGAUGGAGGAGGCUCCCAGCCUGGAGCCUGAUACCACGCAGGAGCUGGACCCCAUCCCAGAGGAAAGUCCUGCACCGCAGCCCCCUGUCCCCACAGAGCCGGCACUGCUGGAGGAGGAGAUCCUGCUGGAGGAGGAGGUGCCACUGGCUGCCGUGAUGGAGGCCCAGCUGGAGGCUGAAGCCGGUACCCUGCAGCCCCCCUGUGCUGGGGAGACCAAAGACCCCCAACCCAAUGGGCUGGGAUGGGACACCCCGUCCCUGCCCGCUGCCAAUGGUGACCGUGAGCUUGAUGCUGUCCCGGCAGAGAGCCCUGAGCCUCUGUGUCCACCUGAGCAAGGCGAUGACAGUGGGGAACCCCAGGAGGAUGUGAGUGGCCAUGGGGACGGCAGGACAGAUGUCAUGCCUGCACCAUUGGGGACCCCUGCCGUCGGUGGGGAUGUGCAGGGUGAUGUCAUUGAGCAGCCCCUUGAGGAGGACACGUCGCUCUGUGAGGACGGGGUGGCCUCAGGCAGUGAGUCCCCACGGGUGGCACUGAGUGAUGGUGGCAGCGAGGUGACGCAGGGUGUGGAGGAGCCUCUCAGCCCUGCGCUGGGGGAUAUGGAUGAGCCACGUGCUGCCUCUGAGGAUGAAGCCUCCAGCAAGGAUGUGGAGCGAGGCCAGAGCCCAGAGCGCAUCCCUGGUGAGUGGGAUGCCACAGCUGCCUCCGAGGACUCGUCCCCAGAACUGCUGGACACCUUGUGCUCCCACACCGACCCCAGCUUCUUCAACCCCUCCCAGGACAGUGCGGGGGAAGUGGCUGCCCCUGGGGUCCCCUCUCCGGCCCCACAGCCCUGCCUGGCCCUCUGCGUGCUGCCCCCAGCCCCUGCACCCCCACCACUUCACUUCACUGCUUCAGAGCAAGAGGUGUACGUGGGGAUCCCUCCAGACCCCCUUGAACUGCUCCCACCACCUGGUGCCUUGUUGGAGAGUGCGGAGGACCGCCGGCAAGUGGCCUCCAUGCUGCAGGGGGUCUUUGGGGACCUGCCUGCCCCAGGGAGCCCCAGCCAAGCCCCUGUGGAGCUGCCAUGUCCUCCCUGUGCUGAGGAUGAAGCUGCUGCACCUGAACCCAAAGAGACCCCAGAGCCCAGCGAUGCAGGGAGCAUCCAGUGUUCUCCCCCAGCCUCGCUGCAGCUGGACCCAGCCCCUAUGCAGGGCCAGGAGCCCCCCAGCAAGGAGUCCCUGCUCCUACUCAGUGUAGACCCCAAUGCCAAAGUCACGGUGGAGGGGGAGCAUUCCCUGCCGCCCCCUGAGGAGGUGGAGAAGGAGGGAGUGAAGGCAGGGUCCAGCCCCGUGAAGGAGGAGGAAGAGGUGGUAGUGGUGGCAGGAUCCAUUCUGCAGGAGGAACAAGAGGAGGUGGUGGUGACAGCAGCAGGAUCCAGCCCCAUGGAGGAGGAAGAGGUGGAGGUGAUGGUGGCAGGAUCCAUCCCUCAGGAGGAGGAGGAGGUGAUGGUGGCAGGAUCCAGCCCCAAGGAGGAGGAAGAGGAGGUGGUGAUGGUGGCAGGAUCCAGCCCCAAGAAGGAGGAAGAGGAGGCAGUGAUGGUGGCAGGAUCCAGCCCCAAGAAGGAGGAAGAGGAGGUGGUGAUGGUGGCAGGAUCCAUCCCCAAGGAGGAGGAAGAGGAGGUGGUGAUGGUGGCAGGAUCCAGCCCCAAGGAGGAGGAAGAGGAGGUGGUGAUGGUGGCAGGAUCCAUCCCCAAGGAGGAGGAAGAGGAGGUGGUGAUGGUGGCAGGAUCCAUCCCCAAGAAGGAGGAAGAGGAGGUGGUGAUGGUGGCAGGAUCCAGCCCCAAGAAGGAGGAAGAGGAGGCAGUGAUGGUGGCAGGAUCCAGCCCCAAGAAGGAGGAAGAGGAGGCGGUGAUGGUGGCAGGAUCCAGCCCCAAGGAGGAGGAAGAGGAGGCAGGAUCCAGCCCCAAGGAGGAGGAAGAGGAGGCAGGAUCCAGCCCCAAGGAGGAGGAGGCGGUGAUGGUGGCAGGGUCCAUCCCUCAGGAGGAGGAAGAGGCAGUGGUGAUUGUGGCAGGAUCCAGCUCCACACCUAGCCUUGAGGAUGACCAUGAAGGCGCAGAAGCCACUCCCAGCCUCUCAGCGGCUGUUCUGCCCUUGGAACCCCCUCCAGAGCCCAGCUCUCCAGAGGACCCCAUGCCCCAAGAGCCCACCGAAGCUGCAGUGCCCACUCCUGAGCUUGCAGUGCCCGCUGAGGCUGCAGAGCCCGUUCCCAAGGUUGUGGCACCGGUUGCCAUCCCGCUGCCUGCUCCCUGUCCACAGCUCUCCAAACUCAUCCAAGUGCCUCCUCUCUCCUCCUCGCCGCUGCCACGCUUGGAGGACACCUCAGGGCUCAGCGAGGCCACGCGGCCAGAGGAACGUCCGUCUGUCCUGCCGGCCUCCAGGAAGCUGCUGGAGGCCCCAGAGCCAUCCCCACAGAAGGAGAAGCCGAGGGGCAGGAAGGCACCGGCUGGCAGUAAGGGUGCACGAGGGCUGGAGGCAGAGGGGGGACCCCGCCGUGCGCCCCGGGGCUCAGUGCAGUCCGAAUCGAGCUCCUCCAGUGAGGCAGAGUUGCCCUACCGUGUCCCCAGCCCUGCUGAGCACCUGCCUGCCAUCGCUCUGCUUGAGGACAAAGCGGCACCGCGGCACGGUGAGGCCAACCAUAAAGGAUCGUGCAAUGAGUCUGAGAGCAACGAUGAGUCCAUCCCGGAGCUGGAGGAGCCUGAGGGCGCAGAGCCACGGCCCAUGCAGACUCAGGCGCCGCUCACCCACUCGCUGGGCACCGGGGAGGAGAGCAUCAGUAAAGCCAAGCAGAGCCGCAGUGAGAAGAAGGCCAGGAAGGCCAUGUCCAAGCUGGGACUGAGGCAGAUCCACGGUGUCACCCGCAUCACCAUCCGCAAGUCCAAGAACAUCCUCUUUGUCAUCACCAAGCCUGAUGUCUUCAAGAGCCCUGCAUCUGACAUCUACAUCGUCUUUGGGGAAGCCAAGAUCGAGGACCUGUCGCAGCAGGUGCACAAGGCUGCGGCUGAGAAGUUCAAGGUGCCCAUGGAGCACUCCCCACUGAUCACAGAGACGGCGCCUGCGCUCACCAUCAAGGAGGAGAGCGAGGAGGAAGAAGAGGUGGAUGAGACAGGAUUGGAAGUGCGGGACAUAGAGCUGGUCAUGGCCCAGGCCAACGUCUCGCGCCCCAAAGCCGUGCGGGCACUCAGGCACAACAAUAAUGACAUUGUCAAUGCCAUCAUGGAGCUGACCAUGUAGCGGCCGGCCCCGGCCCCCUGUAUAGGUGCACAGUUUUCCUUGCCCUGAUGUCCCUCCUUGAGCCCUGUGCCUCUGCCUUGCCCGCCUCCUAAUGCUCAAUAAAUGGCCUCAUGUAUCACUUGAAUCGCAUCCUGCCUCCCUGCCUGCUGAUUGGGGCUUGGAAGGGUUCCUAAAGCUCCUGGGGUGCGUGGCCCACAAGAUGGGAACCAGGUAAUUGGGGAUGUGGUGUUUGGGAUAUGUGGGGUGCUGGGAUGGAGGCUGCAGG